AUGAGUAUAGAUAGUUUUUUUACUGCUGUAUCAGAUAUAACAAAUUUAAAUGGCACUGAAUCUAUUACAGGAAAUAAAGGUCGUUUCAAAGUUAUUCAUUUUGAUGAGACUGAUGAAGUUCCAUCGAUUUCUGCAGUACAAACACAAUAUCAACAUGGUUUACAUACAGAAUCAAUAUCACAACAAUCAUUACCAUCAAUUCUACCGGUGAAAUCUAAAGAAAAUGAAAAUAUUGGCGAAACAGAAUUAGUUGUUGAAAAAGGAGCUAGUUUUCUUAAAAAUUUAUAUGAUUAUCAAGGUGGAACAUUUAUGCCUAUUGUUGAUGAUUUAUCUAGUUCAUCAUCAAACGCUCAAUUAAAUACAUUAUUUGGUGUUUAUCUUCCAUGUGUACAAAAUAUCAUUGGUGUUAUUGUUUUUAUUCGACUUUAUUGGGUUAUAGGUGUAAGCGGAAUUAUUCAAGGAAUGAUUAUUAUUGGUCUUUGUUGUUUAUGUACUUUUCUCACGGCUAUUUCAUUAGCUGCAAUUGCAACUAAUGGAAUUGUACCAGCAGGUGGUUCUUAUUUUCUUAUAUCAAGAUCGUUAGGUCCAGCUGUUGGAGGAGCUGUUGGACUUUUAUUUUAUAUAGGUAAUGCAUUAGCUGGUGGUUUGUAUGUAUUAGGUGCAAGUGAAAUUCUUUUAAAAUAUACAUGUCCGAAUAGAUGUCAUUUAUUUGGUCCACCUAUUGAAAAUCAACAAAGUUCAUUUAAUCAUUAUCGUAUAUAUGGAACAAUUUUACUUUUUAUACUUGGUUUAGUAGUUUUUCUUGGUAUAAAAAUUGUUUCACGUAUAGCACCAUUUACUUUACUUGUUGUUUUUCUUUCUAUUAUAUCUAUUCUAAUUGGUAUAAUAAAAAGUGCAAUAUCACCUACUUAUGUACCAAUAUGUAUUAUUGAAAAAAAUAAUAUAAAACAUUUAAUUAAAUCAUCUAUAUUAAAAAAUAAUGUUAUUCAUUAUUGUCAUUCGAAUUUAACAUGUAAUGGAGAAAUAUGUCCACUUCAACAAAUAUUAUGUAUAAAUAAUACAAAUAAUAAUAUAAAUUGUAAUGAUAUAAAUAAUGUUUAUUUAAUAAAUGGAAUACCUGGUUUAAAAGAUUCACAAUUUAGAAAUAAUUUAAAAUCAAUGUAUAUGAAAGAAGGAGAAAUAGAAAAUGAAAUUAUAGGAGAUUCAAAAUUCGAAGUUGUUAGUAAAGCAACAACAUCUUUAUUUAUUUUAAGCAAUGUAACAGGUAUUAUGGCAGGAUCAAAUAGAAGUGGAGAUUUAAAAGAUCCAAGUCAAUCAAUACCACGAGGAACAAUUUUGGCCGUUAUAACAACAUCAUUUAUCUAUAUUCUUAUGGCAUUUCUUCUUGCUUGUUCAAUUCAAGGUGUACUUUUACGUGAUCGAGAUGGUUUAAGUAUUAAUCAACAACUUGUCGAAGCAGUUGUUGCUUGGCCAUCACCUUAUGUUAUCAUUACUGGAGCAUUAUGUGCUUGUUUUGGUGCUGGAUUACAAUGUUUGGUUGGUGCUCCACGUUUAUUACAAUCAGUAGCAAAAGAUGAUAUUAUGCCAAUAUUAAAACCAUUUCAAUCAACAUUUCGAGAUGAACCAUUUAAAGCUUUAUUAUUUACAUUAAUAUUAUCUGAAAUAAGUGUACUUAUAGCUAAUUUUGAUAUAGUAACCACCAUGGUUUCUGAAUUUUUUCUUAUGUGUUAUUUAUCAGUUAAUCUUGUUUGUAUUCUUCAAACACUUUUACAUGAACCAUCAUGGCGACCACGUUUUCGUUUUUAUCAUUGGUUAUUAUCACUUCUUGGUGUUAUUGUAUGUAUUGCAAUAAUGCUUAUAUCAUCAUGGUAUAUAGCAUUAAUAAGUUUAGCUAUUGGUGUAAUUGUUUAUAUUUAUAUAUGGUAUGCUGGUGCUAAUAAAGAAUGGGGCGAAGGUUUAAAAGGUUUACCUAUGUCAAUAGCACAUGUAGCUUUAUCACGUUUGGAUGAUCGACCAAUGCAUACGAAAAAUUUUCGACCACAAAUUUUAGCUUUUAUUAAAUGUAUUUAUAAUGAAAAUCAACAUCGAUGGAUGAUUGAACAUGAAAAAGUACUUGAUCUAUUAAGUCAAUUAAAAGCUGGAAAAGGUCUUAUAAUUUUAGCAACGGUUAUACAAGGUAAAUAUGAUGAAAAACGAGAUAUAGCUGAACAAUUACGUCAUUAUUUAAAAGAACAAAUGAUUACACAUCAAAUUCCCAAUGGAUUUAUUGAUGUACUUGUUGCAAAUAAUAUUUAUGAUGGAAUUAAUUCAUUAAUGCAAACUAGUGGUGUUGGUGGAUUUCGUCCAAAUACGGUCAUGUUUGAUUGGCCAACAUCAUGGCAAAAAUAUCAAAUCGAUAGUCGUAUCGAUGAUACAAUCGUUUCUUAUCUUGAUUCUAUACGUCUUGCUGAAAAUAAAAAUUUUGCUAUAUUACUUCUUAAAAAUAUUGAUUCAUAUCCAAGUUUAUUAGAUAUACAAACUGGUUAUAUUGAUAUUUGGUGGAUAAUACAUGAUGGUGGUUUAUUAUUUUUAUUAGCAUUUCUUUUACAACAACAUCAUGUUUGGAAUAAAUGUAUAUUACGUUUAUUUACAAUAUGUUUACCUAAUCAAGAACCACAAAUACAAAAACGUGAACUUGAACAAUAUGUUUAUCAAUUACGUAUACAAGCUGAAGUACAUGCAGUUAUUGUUAAUGAUCAAGAAAUAUCAGCAUUUACAAAAUAUCGAACAAUGACAACGAUAAAUUCAAAAUAUUUUAAUCCAUUUGAUAUCAAUGAAAAACAAAUUAAUAAUGAAAGAGAAAAAUAUUUACAAGAAAUGUUUAAAAAUUAUCCAGCUAAUGGUGAAAAUAUUCAAUAUACAUUUACACCAUCAUCUUUUCAACCAAUAAAAGAAAACUAUUUAACAUAUACACUUAUUGAAGAUUUACAAGUACGAAAAAAAAUGCAUUCAGCUGCUCGUCUUAAUCAAACGAUACUUGAACGAUCACGUAAUUCACAAUUAGUUCUUAUUAAUUUACCUAAAGUUCCUAGAACAAAUGUUAAUGCUGAUUAUGCAUAUAUUGAAUUUAUUGAUCAAUUAUGUGAAGGAAUUUAUCGAUGUAUACUUGUUAAAGGAGGUGGUAGAGAAGUUAUUACCAUAUUCUCAUGA